UGGUACAUGUAGGCGUCUUCUGCUGCCAUUUCCGUUUUUUUUUUUGGUAUGUCACGGAUAAGUUAAAAAAGAAACACAGGCCAUCAAACCAACGGUCCAGACUCACACCGCGUCCCCCCGGAGGUUGUCGACUGCUGAGGUAACAUCGAGAGCCAUCAUGAACUUCUUCCUGGAGACACUUAUGGUUCUCCUGAUGUCCAUCUGGUACACCUUGGAAGCUCUUGUGUAUACCUUCAUACCAAGACGGAAGAAAAACAUCUCUGGGGAAGUGGUCUUAAUCACAGGGGCGGGGAGCGGGAUUGGUCGUCUCAUGGCUCAGGAGUUUGCGUCUCACGGCACAGUCCUGGUGUUGUGGGACAUCAACCAAGACGGCAUGAAGGAGACAGCCAAACUGGUGAAGGAGUGUGGAGCCAGAAAAGUUCAUUACUAUCUGUGUGACUGCAGCGAUCGCAACGAGGUUUACAGAGUGGCUGAGCAGGUGAAACGGGAGGUGGGUGACGUCAGCAUACUGGUGAACAACGCUGGGAUUGUAACAGGGAAGAAGUUCAUGGAUGCUCCUGACUCCUUGAUUGAAAAGACAAUGGAAAUCAACACCAUGGCUCACUUCUGGACGUACAAGGCCUUCCUUCCUGCUAUGAUCGCCAACAACCACGGACACCUGGUCAGCAUUGCCAGUUCUGCUGGACUUGUGGGAGUCACCGGGCUGGCAGACUACUGCGCCAGCAAAUUUGGCGCAGUAGGGUUUGCGGAGUCUAUCGGUCUGGAGAUGCUGGCCACUGGGAAAGAUGGCAUCAAAACCACCCUUGUGUGUCCGUUCUUCAUCAACACUGGGAUGUUUGAUGGCUGUCAAACCAAGUGGCCAACUAUUAUGCCCAUUCUGAAACCUGAAUAUGCUGCCAAGAAGAUCCUUCAUGCUGUGCUCACAGACCAGACGUACUUACUGAUGCCCAAGAGCAUGUACUUCAUCGUUGGUUUAAAAAAUAUUCUCCCCACAAAGAUGGGCAUUCUGCUGGGGUGGUACAUGGGAGCCUUCAACUUCAUGGACAAGUUCAUAGGACGCAACCAAAAACAGAAGUGAAGCCAUGAGAACGCUGUCCACGUCAACACGUCUCUGAAGACCAUCGGGGGAUCAUGGUGUUGAUGAUGAUGAUGACUUUUGGUUUCUUUUAACCGUACACUUUGGGCUUUGGCAUUAAAAUAACACCAUAAACAUUUUUUUUAAUGAAAAAAAAAAGAUUUAACAAAAUUGUACAAAUGCAACAGUUGUAAUAGUGUCAGCCAACGUCAACCUCCAUAAAGGACUUAAAAAAAAAA